GCGGCGACGGCGGCGGCCGGGGGCGGCAGGCAACGGCUGAGGCGACGGCGGCGUGGGUUGGGCUCGAGCGGGCGGUGGCACCUCAGACUCCCCGGAGCGGGAGCCCACACGGGCGGGCGCCUGAAACAAAGGGGAGCGGGAGAAGGGGCGCCGCGGGUGGGCGGUCAUUCGGUCAGCGCGGAGCCGGCCAGCGGGUGCCCGCGCUUYCCCGUAACCCGGCCGGCCGGCACGGCCUCAGGGCGGGAAGAUGCCGCGCGUCGUGCCCGACCAGAGAAGCAAGUUCGAGAAUGAAGAAUUCUUCAGAAAGCUGAGCCGCGAGUGUGAGAUUAAGUACACCGGCUUCAGGGACCGGCCCCACGAGGAGCGCCAGGCGCGCUUCCAGAACGCCUGCCGCGACGGCCGCUCGGAGAUCGCUUUUGUGGCCACAGGAACCAAUCUGUCUCUCCAGUUUUUUCCGGCCAGCUGGCAGGGAGAACAGCGACAAACACCUAGCCGGGAGUAUGUCGACUUAGAAAGAGAAGCAGGCAAGGUGUAUUUGAAGGCUCCCAUGAUUCUGAAUGGAGUCUGUGUUAUCUGGAAAGGCUGGAUUGAUCUUCAGAGACUGGAUGGUAUGGGAUGCUUGGAGUUUGAUGAGGAGCGAGCCCAGCAGGAGGAUGCAUUAGCACAACAGGCCUUUGAAGAGGCUCGGAGAAGGACACGUGAAUUUGAAGAUAGAGACAGGUCACAUCGGGAGGAAAUGGAGGUGAGAGUUUCACAGCUGCUGGCAGUAACUGGCAAGAAGACAACAAGACCCUAGUCCUGGUUCCAAUUUAGGUGGUGGUGAUGAUCUCAAACUUCGUUAAUAAUAGCACAGCAAAUGUGCUGCCCAUCUUUACAUACACAUUGCUUCUAGUUGGCAGAAAUAAUUCAUUAUAAGACCAGAAACUGUGAUAACUGGAGGUACUACGGUCUAUUUCUCAAACCUAAGGCAGUAAAAGACAUCACAAACUGCCAUGGUUUUGCACUAUGAUUAUAAUACAAUACCUACAUUUCUAAUUUUUAAAGCAUGUAGCCAGUAAUAAUUUGAAAUUUUUUUCUAUGCAAGCUUACCUUGUUGGCAUUAUUUUAAUUCAGUUGAAACUAUCAAUUUGUAAAGCUCUUUUUUCCUCCAUUCUAAUUUAAAGUUCAUGUCAUUUUAAAACAAACUUAAGUUUUUAAUCCAGAGGGCUUUCUUUAAUCAGUUGCUUUUUUUUUUAAUACUUUUAGAUAUGUUGGUUACAGUUUCUUUUUAAAUAGGCAGUCUUGAUUUGUUUUUUUUUCCUGCAUUUCCUUUUGUUUUUAUUGUCUAUUGCAUUUAAAAACUGUUGAUACGUUUGCAUUAUUUACAAGCUAAAAACCUAGUAGCAUAGAACUGUCUGCCAUAGCCUUUUACCACAAAGUUUACAGUUGUUAAAGUUGCAGUAUCCUUUUAAAUGCUAAUAAUGAGCACCCUUUCUUUCCUUUUUAAACAUAAAAAAUUUAAAUUUUUAUUAACUCUGUAAUCUGCCCCAGGUGUGUUUUAGAUUCUGCUUUGUAAUCAUGAGUUUGGGUGGAGAUUUUCUCCUUAGAUGAUAACAUUCUACUGAAAUGCCUAAAGAAGUCACAGGCUGGCUUCUGUUUUAUUCAGGGAUUUUUUUUUUUUAAAUCAAUCAAAAGGGAUACUGGAGCUUCUUUAUGUAUGUAACAACAUAUUAAACUGGAGACAGUGAUGAAUCAGCUACAAAGGUAAUAUUAUAUUAAAAUCAUGUUUAAGAUAGCUGCUUUUAUGUGUUUUAUAGUGCAUGCUUUUGUAAAAACAAUACUGGGUAAUGAAAGAUUAGUCUUAGAAAAUGUUCAUCUGUGCAGAGGAUACAUUUUCUUUAUUCUGGGGGAAAACAUUCACAAUUAUAUAUGGUAUUUUGCAAAAGGACUAUUAUUAGCACCUUUUGAGAUGAAUAGUUAAGAAUAUUUUUUAAAUAGGCUUACUGUCAAAUUGGGUGCAACUUUUUUUUUUUAAUACAAGACUGGAAGAAAGUGCUGAGUCAUUUGGCACAAACUUACAAAUACUUUUCAUGGUCAUGUUCAUUAAAUGUUAAUACAUUUCUGAAUUUUUGCAAAAAUGUAUUUUAUCAUAACAAAAUGGCAUUAUUU